AUGGCCUACUUACAGGCUCAGAACGCGCCCCAGGGCGCGAUGCACUCCCUGUCGACUGUGAACAUCGCCAAUAAUUCUAGUUCUCAUAGUCAAGAGGAUGAGGCGAGGAGACUGGCCGUACAGAAAGUCCUCGCCAGAGCUCAUAUGUCCGAGCUUACGCGUGGUUUACGCGCGCGACUCGCGUAUGCAAGCUUCAAGGCCACACACAACGUUAUUUCAGUAUCGCUUCCUGAGCUCGAGUCUCUUCAACUGGGCGAAGCAGCAGCUUAUAAUCACGCAUUCGGCAAUCAUGCUAACAGCAGCAACUAUGCCUACGGAGGACGUUACCAUCCUACCGCUACUUCUACCCGCACAAACUACUACGACAACCCAGCCACACAAGGAAAUAGCGCCAUGAUACCUGCCUCGGCGUCUCAUUCCUCUCUCACACCACUCGGCGCCACAGGAUCUACCGCCACCGCUACUCCGUCCCAUCGACGCGGGUCCAUGGCUCCGCCUACCGCUAUUCCUACCGCUCGUGGCUCUUUCGGUCAGUCUUCUUCGACAUCCGGAGGGACUAGCGGGCACCAGAGUCUUUACGCUUCUAUUCUCACUCUCCCCCCUGCGAAGCGAGCGCGUACUAUACAUAAUCCUGAAGACCCUCCCGUUCCGGCUCCGAAGAAGAUGAACAACGGUGGCGGUGGCGGUCCCGGGACGCCCACUCAUCACGGUUCUCAAUCUUCUACCUCUAGACAUCAUCGCCGUAGGGGUUCUGAGCAGGCCACUUCUGGCGCUCCUCUUACGCGUACCGGCUCUGGCUCCGGAGCGUUCUCCAGUGUAGCGGAACGUACUCGAGGCGCUCAAUCAUCACGUACCAAGCCAGCAUCUUCUUCCAACAAGACACCGUCAUCUUCGAAGCGCAAGAAAACGUCUUCGUCGUCCACCCACAAAGAAUCGUCUUCUCGCAAGUCCAAGGGCAAGGACCGCGAACGCGACCCCCAUCACUCCCACUCACGCAAGCGUCAGCGAGCGGAGUACGAGAUGGAUCUCGGAGGCGACGUUGACACAUACGACCCCAUGGAUCUCGAUAUGAAGGCCGCCGCUACGCUCACGCAUCUCCUACGCAACUCUCGCUCGUCUUUCCAGUCCCAGUCCUCCGUAGGCGCCCCUUCCACCGUAGCCAGUGGAGCGGGAGCACUGUCUCCGCGGUCGAGCAUAUCAGCCGGCUCUGACGUCGGCUCGAGCAUCUCGCAGCACUUCGCGCAGAGCUCGACGAGAACGACCAGUCAUCCGAACCCGACGGCCGCUAACGCAGCGGUAGAUCCGUCGUCGUCGUCGUUUACUUCUCAGGCUUCGGCCGCGGCUCUCAUGCCAGCUACCUCAUCCACGAGGCUUCGGACACCUCCGAUGGGUAACCAAACCCAAGGGCAUACCCAAGCCCAUGCCCAUGAUCAUCAGGGCAGCCUUACCCCCAAGGCUUCAUCCUCGGUCUCUGUUUCUGCCUCUGCGUCUGCCGCCCACGUUGGCGGCGGAGGUGGAGGCGCAGAUGGGAGUGGUGGGACGGAUGGGAGAGCACCGUCGUUCCCGCCGGACCAGGUCGACCAGGAGGCCCUUAACCUACUUACCUUUUUCCAUACGUCUCCGUCGCCUGCGAGACCAAAUACGACGCGGAACAGGGAAACGCAGGAUGCGGCGGCGUUUAGGGCGUUCACGCGUUCGAUCAGCGGAGGGUCGGGGUCUGGGUCAGAGCUGAGGGCGAAGGGGAGGGUGUUGUUCCCCGAGACGGGCUCCGGUCUGGGUGCGGGUUCGGCGGCGAAUAUCGGCGAGAUCAUCGGCGCGAACACUGGUACGAGCAGCGGUGGAGGGACUGGAGGAUUGGCGCAGAGGAUGUUGGUCAGAGAUAAUUCGGGUAGUGCUGCGACUUUGGUCGGAGAGAGUAUCGGUGGGACGCCAGGGAGGAGUCGUCUGGGGAGUGCGACGAUGAUCGCGGAUGAGACCACUUCGCCCACGAGGGGAGAAGACGGCAGUGAAGGUAAAGUCACGCCCACCCAACUUCUUUACAAGGCGCACUUGAAUGCGAAGACUGGUUCGGAGAAUGAGAAGUCGCAGUCGCAGCAGGAAGAAUCUGCCGUCGCAGCUGUUCUACAAGCGACGCAGCUUCUGCCUCCCCCGCCUUCGCCGUCUCGUGCGUCGCUCGCAGUAGCCCCCCCUUCGCCCUCUCCUUCCGCCGUCGACGUCACCUCUCAGCCUCAAGCCUCUCAAGCGCCUGGAACGCCACCGAAACAGACCGUGGGCGGUAUGGGAUCCGCGUUUGCUGGAGGCGGGUUCGGGUCGUUCAAUAUGCACGACUUCAUCAAUGUGUCACCGAGUCCGGGGUUUGUGGCUAGUUCGAGGUUUGCGCGAACGGGGAGAGAAGGGAGUGUGGGGACUUUGUCGGGGUUGAGGGCGGAUGUGGGGAGGAAGUUGUUUGAGGGGUGA